AUGGAUCCCAGAAUCUGGAACUCGCUGCCGGAGGACAUCCUCUAUCGCAUCCUCUCCGUUGCAUCUCUCGAAACGCUCUUAAUUCUCCGAUCCACAUGCAAACGCUUCAAUUCCCUCUUCCUCUCCCCUGCCUUCCUCUCCAGUUACAAAUCCUCCCAACCUUCACCCUCUUUCCUCUGCCUCUCCCACCCGCACUUCGGCCGCAACCGCUUCGCCGUCUACGACACCCUCCGCCGCCGCUGGCGCAACCGCGCUUUACCCAUCUCCGCUUUCCUCCCCAGAUCCCUUGCUUCAUCCACCCUCCUCGCCUCCUCUAAAGGAAUCCUCUGUUUUUCCUGCCCUGCCUCCCCUGUUUCGUUCCUCAUCUGCAAUUUCUUGACCAAAUCUACAAGGACCGUCAAAUUCCCAAAUCACCCUUUCCCGAUUGAAUCCUUAAAUCUAGUAGUUCCCACAAGCUCUUCAGGCGACUACAAAAUCUUCGCCCUCUGCCCCGGAAUCUCGUUCCGACAGGGAUUCGUCUACGACUCUGCCUCCCGUCGUUGGCACCAAUUCGACGACAUUACCCCUAAUAUCAAAACCAAUACCCGCCAGGAAGGCGUAAUUCACGGAGAUACCCUCUACUUUUACACCGUGGAGCCAUACUCGAUCGUUGGGUACGACUUGGAGCAGAGGAGGUGGAACAGAGCAUUGAGCGUCGGGGAACUCAUCGGCGGCGGCAGUCGGGUUUCGUUUGUGAGGUUGGUGGGGGACGCCGGCGAGCAGAAGAUGUACUUGAUCGGCGGAAUUGCGACGGGGUAUGGGACGGUGAGUGAGGUGAAGGUGUGGGAACUGGAUGAUGCGGGGAGGAAAUGGGUCGAACAGGGGAACAUGCCGGCGGAGAUGUGCCGGAAAUUCGCUGCGGUUUGUUAUCACAAUUACCAGCAUUUGUACUGUCUGUGGCAUGGAGGGAUGAUUUGCCUGUGUUGCAAUACUUGGCCGGAGGUGUUGUGGUUCGACGUCGCGGCGAGGGAGUGGGGGUGGCUGCCCAAGUGCCCUCUGCUGCCGGAGAAGGGGAAUUUUGGGUUCACUUGGUUUUCUGUUGUUCCGGAUUUGAAUACCUUGGUUUGA